GGAAGAAUAAGAAGAAGAAAAAUGACACCUUUGAUCGUUCUUAUAGUUAUCGCUGGUGUAGCCUCUGGUGCACCAAGUGGAAUCAUAGGACCUAGUACAGCUGUGAUUGGUCCUCAUAAAGGAUCAGUAGCUGUCGCUGGUUCAGUCAGUGGACCCGUUGCCGUAAGUGGUGCUGUCGCUGGAUCUGCUGUAAUAUCUGGAUCAGUUGCUGGACCGUCUGCGGUAAUUGGCUCCGUCGCUGGUCCAACUCUUGUUUCUGAACCAUCUCUAGGUUUGAGUGCUCUAGUCGUAGAUAAUGGAUUGGAGCAUGGUACAGUGAUCGCAACACCUCACGCAGCGACAGCAUCUCUUGUCAGUGUUCCGCCUGCGGGAACUACUGUAGUUGCUGGUCCGGAUGGUGGAAUCGUUUCUACGAAUGGCGUUGCCCACGGUGCUGUAAUCUCUGCUGUCAAUACGCUUCACGGAUGGUAG